AUCGAACUCGGUACCUCGCGCUUACAAGGCAGGCAGCGGAACCACUGAGCUAAAUCCCCAGCCCCCGGUCUUGUUUUUUUUUUGUCACAAAUAAUAAUUCUAGAAAUGGCCAAGUAAAUUUACUAAUGGAAGUUUUGGUUGUAGCCGUGAGUCCUCAACAUUUAAUGCAUAAUUUGCACUUCUAAAGACCAAAACCUUUCCAAAAUGUGACAUACCCCAAAAAACAACAAAAAAACUCUAGGCCUGGAGAUUUACCUCUGUGGUUCUGCCGCCUGUCUCGCAAGCGCAAGGUCCCGAGUUCGAUCCCCGGUACCAAAAAAACAAACAAAAACCAAAUGUGACAUAGUAAGAACCCAUGGUGGUGCGUUGAAGAAGCCCAAAAGUGAACAAGCUCAGUACACUCCUUUUCCCACCUAGCUAAGGGAUUAGCGGUCGCUUUAAAUAGGUUCUCAAGCCUCAGAGCUUCCAUCGCGAGAACUCACGGGAUCAUCGACCAGGUAGUCCUGGAGCUCGUCCUCGGACCCCAGCACGCAUGCGCACGCGGGGCUCCGCCCGGGCCGCGUUCCUCAUGUUGCCCCUACGCCUGACGCGCCGGCUGCUGUGCGGUGUCCUACGGGGGCACGGGUCUACCCUAGGGAGCCAUGGCUUUCAGGAGCCGGUCCUGGAGAGGAAGUGCACGGCCGCCUCCUCCUUCCUGGGUCGUGGGCUUCCUCGGGGCCCCGCGGCAACUGAGGAUCUCAAAAGAGACACGGGUAUGGAGGAGCGGUUUCUGUUCCCCGAGUACGUCCCGGAGCCGGAGCCCGCUCCCACUCCUGAGGAGCAGAUGCAGGAGCUGGUGCAGCAGCACCAGGAGGAGGAGCGGCAGCGGCAGCAGCGGCGGGAGGAGUGGCUUCAGCGGAAACUUCGGGCUGGAGGCCGCGCGUCCCCGGCCGCGGAACUCCUGGACCUCCCAGACCUGUCGGUGCCGUCCAGCGGCCUGCACUGUUCGGGCUGCGGAGCCGAGCUGCACUGCCAGGACUCCCGUCUGCCUGGCUACCUUCCCGGCGAGAAGCUGCGCGGCGCGGCCCCGGUGGAUGGCGGCCCGGCGCGGCUCGUGUGCCAGCGCUGCUGGCUGCUGCUGCACCACCGGCGCGCGUUGCGUCUGCAGGUGACCCGCGAACAGUACCUGGAGCUGGUAAGCGCCGCGCUGCGGAGGCCGAACCCCUCCCUGGUCCUCUACAUGGUGGACCUGCUUGACCUCCCCGACCCCCUGCUGCCCGAUCUGCCCGCGGUCUUGGGCCCCAAGCAGCUCAUCGUGCUGGGUAACAAAGUGGACCUGCUGCCCCAGGACGCACCCGGCUACCGGCAGCGGCUCCGGCAGCGGCUGUGGGAUGACUGCAUUCGCGCGGGGCUCCUGCCUGUCCCUGGUCACCAGGGGCCACGGGACGCCGGCCAGAACGGGGAUGAGGACGGGGAGAAGAACGGGAAUUCGUCGGCCAGGUCCCGCACCUUGGUCAGGGACGUACGUCUGAUCAGCGCCAAGACCGGCUACGGAAUUGAAGAAUUGAUCUCUGCCCUUCAGAGCUCUUGGCGCUACCGCGGCGACGUCUACCUGGUGGGCGGCACCAACGCCGGCAAGUCCACCCUCUUCAACACCCUCCUGGAGUCCGAUUACUGCACCGCCAAGGGGGCCGAGGCUAUCGACAGGGCCACCAUCUCCCCUUGGCCAGGUACCACAUUAAACCUUCUGAAGUUUCCUAUUUGCAACCCAACUCCUUACAGGAUGUUUGAAAGACAAAAAAGACUUAAAAAUGAUGCAAGUAAAUCAGAAGAAGAUCUUAAUGAGCAAGAACAAAAUCAACUGAAUGUCCUGAAAAAGCAUGCUUACAUAGUAGGAAGAGUUGGAAGAACAUUCUUGUAUUCAAAAGAACAGAAGAAUGAAUUUGAGUUUGAUCCUGAUUCACUUGCUUUUGACAUGGGAAAUGAGCCUGUUGCAGUUGUGGACAAACCCAUCAAACGAGUAGAAUUGACCCCACAAGAUGUAAAAGAUGCUCAUUGGUUUUAUGACACCCCUGGAAUUAUGAAAGAAAAUUGUAUUUUAAAUCUUCUAACAGAAAAAGAAGUAAAUAUUGUUUUGCCAACGCAUUCCAUUGUUCCAAGAACCUUUGUGCUUAAACCAGGAAUGGUUCUCUUUCUGGGUGCUAUAGGCCGAAUUGAUUUCCUCCAGGGAAAUCAGUCAGCUUGGUUUACAGUUGUGGCUUCCAACUUUCUCCCAGUGCAUAUUACUUCCUUGGACAAGGCAGAUGCUGUGUAUCAGAAGCACGCAGGUCAUUCAUUGCUCCAGGUUCCAAUGGGUGGAAAAGAACGAAUGGCAGAAUUUCCUCCUCUUGUUGCUGAAGAUAUUACAUUAAAAGAAGGACUUAGGAGAUCUGAAGCAGUGGCUGACAUCAAGUUUUCCUCUGCAGGUUGGGUUGCAGUAACACCUCGUUUUCAGGACAGACUACAUCUCCGAGGCUAUGCACCUCAAGGAACAGUUCUGACCAUCCGGCCUCCUCUCUUGCCCUAUAUUGUUAACAUCAAAGGAGAACGCAUCAAGAGAAGUGUGACCUAUAAAACCAAAAAACCUCCUUCCUUUGUGUACAAUCUGCGGAAGAAACACAGAUAAAUAUGUGAGCUAGACCUGGUUCACAUUGGAUGUAAACUGUAUUAGACUGUAGUAAUAGACACUGAAAUUAUAGUAUAUAUAGCUAUAAUAAAGUCCUCCCACUCUUUCUAAA